AAUCUCGCGAGUCAAUGAAAAUCGGCGAAAAUUGACUUUUUCCUCUCUGUAACUGUAUAAUGUCGAAAGUAAACAAAAUGUGACUUUUGAAAUAUUGAGUGUAUCGAAGAUGUGAUGCGAAACAUUUGUGUUUAGAUCAUUUUUACAUGCGACAAACUUAUACAGUUAACUUUUAAUAUUGCAAAAUAUUUAAAUUUGCUUUAAAAUGUCUCGAUAUAAAUCGGACCCCGAAAUUGCUGAUUAUGAAACUACGAAGUGUUGUACAAGUUUUCUACAUUAUUCUUGGAAAACCAUAACCUGCUUGUUCUCACACGUUACCUUAGUGUCCAUGGUCGUUUCGUAUUGCGUACUUGGUGCUUUCACAUUCGAGGCUUUGGAGGUGGAUAAUGAAAGAAUGGUAAAACGAGGAAUUUACAAGAUCAGAGAAAAUAUAACGUGGCAUUUAUGGAACUUCACACAAGAAAUGGAUGCUUUGGACCAGGAAAACUUCACCAAAGGAGCUGUAAUAUAUCUGAAAGCGUUUGAAAACUCUUUGCUGAACAAAAUGAAUAAAGAUGGGUGGGACGGUGAAGAAGAUCCCGAGAAAGUUCAAUGGACAAGGACAGGGUCGUUAUUUUAUUCCAUCAUCGUUAUUACAACCAUAGGGUACGGCCACAUAGCACCAAAAACAACAUGGGGAAAAGUCGUUACUAUAUUUUAUGCAAUAUUAGGAAUACCAUUAAUGCUUCUAUGUCUAUCAAAUAUCGGAGACAUUAUGGCCACAUCCUUCAAGUUCUUAUAUUGGAGAGUUUGCUGUUAUAUGUGCCAGAAGAAACCGAAAAAACUGAAGAGGGGACGGUCUAUGCGAGGAUCUUUUCGUUCAGAUGGAAACAAGUUCUCCAGAUCGAGGAACGGGUCUUUCAGAAGAUACACUAGAAGCCCAAGGGGACCUGCCAAGAGAUUAGCAGACAUGGGGCCAAUGUCCCAUUCUGAUACGGAAUUGAGGUACUUAGACGAUUCUUAUCCUAGAAAUCUCACUCUUCCUCGAACAAGGUCCGGUCGUUUCCAGAGAUCACAAGACGCUCAACGAAAAAUAAGUCGCAUCUCAUCAGCUUCCAGUCCGCCUGUUCAACAAAACCACGCCCCACCUCCAAGAGGUUACUCCUUAGACCGAAAAAAAUCAACAACAAAAGAUUACGGAAUGGAGUUGGACCCAAUUUCAAUCGAUAACACUCCAAUAUUGUUCAAUAAAUACAUAGUUGGUAAAGAUGGUGGGUUUGAUAGGAUGAUACCAGGUAAAGGAUUAACUCCAAGGCAGAUGGAUUCUCAAAAACGCUCAACUUCCAUGCCACCAAGGCGCGCAAGAAGUAUGUCGAGACAUCGUCAGUUCUUAGAACCUCCUAGAUAUCCUUCUCCCGAUACAACUGAUGUCGAGGAAGAUCUGGAUUCUCUUAAAGACAGGCCCAGGCAAUCGCCUUCAAGAAGAUUACCCAGCCGAGGUAAAAGAGGAAGAUCAAAAUCGCCAAAUGCUCGAUUGAGUCCGAGUCCUAAAAUGAUGAAUCCCAUGGGUUACGGUCUUCGCAGCAGAUACUUUGACGAAGAAUCCGAUACAGAUUACUACUACGAUACCGACACGUACGAAGCAGGCAAAACCAGAAUUAGACCGGUACCAAUUUGGUUAUGCGUUUUCCUCGUCGUCAGUUACAUUUUAGCAGGAGCCUACCUGUUUAUGACGUGGGAAGGCUGGGAAUACUUAGAUGCAGCCUAUUUUUGUUUCAUAACUUUAACAACGAUUGGGUUUGGAGAUUUGGUUCCAGCUAAAGAAGUUAGUAGAGAUAAUGAUAGAGCUGCUAUUAGUAUAGCCCUUUGUUCUUUGUAUUUGCUAUUUGGCAUAUCCCUGUUAGCUAUGAGUUUUAAUUUGGUACAAGAAGAGGUUAUUGGUAAGGUUAAAAGUGUUGCUAAAAGCUUGGGAAUUAUUAAAAGCAACUCGGAUGAUGAUGACGAUGAUGAUACAGAUGACUGAGAGAUAAAUUAAUUAUAAUAAUUAAUAUUUUAUGAAAAUGUUAGUUGUAAUUGAUUAAAUAUACUUAUUUUAAAUAGAUG